CCAGGCUGUAACUUGAGCUUCACUUAGCCUGGGGAUGACUGGAUGGGUGGGCGGGUGACAGCCAGGGCAGGGACACUGUGUGCGUGGGUGCUCCCGUAACUUCAGUCCUAGUGGAUUCGAGGCUGUGGUCCCGGAAUGGGCAACAAGCAAACUGUGUUCACUCCUGAGCAGCUGGAGGAAUACCAGGACUGUACUUUCUUCACGAGGAAGGAGAUCAUGAGGCUCUUCUAUCGCUACCAGGACCUGGCCCCUCAGUUGGUGCCCCUGGACUAUACCACCAGUCCUGAGGUGAAGGUUCCCUACGAGCUGAUUGGCAGCAUGCCGGAGCUGAAGGAUAACCCUUUCCGCCAGAGGAUUGCACAGGUCUUCUCUCAAGAUGGGGAUGGUCACAUGACCUUAGAGAACUUCCUGGAUAUGUUCUCGGUGAUGAGUGAGAUGGCUCCUCGGGACCUGAAGGCCUACUACGCUUUUAAGAUAUAUGACUUCAACAAUGAUGACUACAUCUGCGCUUGGGACCUGGAACAGACAGUGACCAGGCUGACUCGUGGGGAGCUGAGUGCCGAGGAGGUGACGCUGGUGUGUGAGAAGGUGCUGGAUGAAGCGGAUGGUGACCAUGAUGGGAGGCUGUCCCUGGAGGACUUCCAAAGCAUGAUCCUGCGGGCUCCAGACUUCCUCAGCACCUUCCACAUCCGCAUCUGACGUGCUUGGAGGAUGAGGCAUAGCCCACACCCAUCUCCACGCUGCUCUCUGUGAAUAAACAGAAAUCAAACCUG